AGAACUCACACAGGAGAGAAACCAUUCUCAUGUUCUGUAUGUGGAAAUGGUUUUCGUCAAUAUGCAAAUCUUGUUAGACAUCAGAGAACUCACACAGGAGAAAAGCCUUUCUUAUGUGGUAAAUGUGGAAAAUGUUUUGCCAGCAAAGGAGAGCUUGCUUGUCAUCAGAGAACUCAUACAGGAGAGAAGCCGUACUCGUGUUCUGAAUGUGAAAAAUGUUUUAGUCAACACGCAAAACUUGUUAGACAUCAGAGAACUCACACAGGAGAUAAACCAUUCUCAUGUUCUGAAUGUGGAAAAUGCUUCAUCACCAAAGCAGAGAUUGUCCGUCAUGAAAGAACUCACACAGGAGAGAAACCAUUCUCAUGUUCUGAAUGUGGAAAAUGUUUUAGGCAACAUUCAAAACUCAUCAGUCAUCACAUAA